UGUAAUCGAUAAAGUGUAUGCUCCAAGGCUCUCUAAUAACACAUAGAGACUCUACUGCGCGCAUUGUGUGCUGUGGCAGAUGGAUGUUAUCUAACUGAGAAAACCAUCAACCCGUUCCCCUUAGAUUCUUCUCCCCGACUGCUCCAGUGCCAAAAACAACAUGGCAUAUAAAUCCACACAACGACAAGUGAAUCAUUUGUAUCGAAGUGGAGGCAUCUUUUGUUUUCGGGGCGGGGGAAGAACGGAAGACGCACCUGCCGUCGUUCCCUGAGACAUUAUUAUUUCAUGGUGCCGCACGGUGUUGGUUUUCCCAGCAGCCCGUUUGUGUACGCGGCCUAGCGCUGAAUAAUUUAGCGGCGCACUACUCAGUGAAGGAUGGAGGGCCAGCUUGCCGGUGGGCUGGAUCUCAAGCAGCAAAUAGUGAGCAGGGAGCUCGCCUCUCACACGGCUCCCGUGUCACACAGGUGUGCAGGGCGUUCCGCAGCGUACGCCACAGGUAUACUCUCCCUCCGGAGCAACGAAACAGAGUGAGGCGAAAAAAACAACGGACAUGGAGGAGUCACAGAGGACGUUUGGGCCGCGGUACGCGGAGGCGAAGCCGCGUAAGGUGCGCUUCAAGCUGAACUCGUCGUACAGCGGCCGGGUGCUCAAGCACGUCUACGAGGACGGCCAGGAGCUGGAGAGCCCCGAGGAGAAGUACCCGCACAGCUUCAUGCACACCAAGAUCCCACGCCACCUGGACGCCGGACAGCUCUGCAGCUUCACUGACAUGCCCGAGCAGCCCACAGGGCUCUACGCGCAGAGGAUCAACGUCUACCGGGGGGUCACGGGCUUCAGGUCUCCCACCUUCGGUGACCUUCCAGAGGGAGACCCUAAUGCCCCAGUGCUGGACUUCGGGAAGAUCAUUAUCUACACUAGUAACCUGAGGAUCAUUCCUGCACCCCAGAGGAGGAGGGAGAGGGAGAGUGAAGCAAGAGGAGCUGGGCAGGAUCAAGGAGGAGGAAGAGGAGGAGAAGGAGGAGGAGAGGAGGAGGUUUCCAAGGGUCACAGCCACCGCAGCAGAGGCAAGCACAGAACUAAGUGUGGCCAUGGAAACAAAGAGAUGACCUCUCCAAAACUCAAGCAGGAUGCCGGUGGCUGUCUGCAGUGUGGCGGUUCGGGCUGUGCCCCCUGCUCCCUGUGCCAUGGCAGCAAGCUGUCCAUGCUGGCAAACCGAUUCAAUGAGUCGAUCCGAGACCUGCGCUGCCAGGCCUGCUACCCAGAAGGCCUGGAACCCUGCCAGUCCUGUGCCCAGUAGAAGAGCAUUAACCCCUGGGUCGGAUCACACUCUAAUGUAGCUGUGACAUGAGCGGAGGGAGCUGCAGCAGGGAGUGGGGACGAGUUUGUGUUUGUGUUGGGGGGUGGCUUUCGGAGUGAGUUCUGGGGGGGGGUUGGACAGUGUGAGAGACGGCUCGUCUUAAUAAAUUCUCUGAAGAGACCUGAGAGAACACUGCAAUUUGGCAACGACGUGAUUGUGCUCUUGCGAGAGGAGAGUGUGGACAAAAUGACAGACUGGCAGGGAAAAUGGCCGUAAAUGGGCCGCUGAUUACCAAGCGAGUCAUGACACCCAAUACAGCGGGGGACCUGAGGGGUGAAAAGUGGGCGUGCAUAGGCACAACGGGAGUUGAUUACAAGACCUACAUUGUCAAGAGGGAAGAGCAUGAGACGAGAGAGAGAGAGAGAGAGAGAGGGAGAGAGAGAGGGCGACCAAGCUAGAGGUAUAGGAAAAAGAGUCUAUCAAGUCAUUAUAGUGAUGUUAUUAUUAUUCAAGGGAGAAACAGAGAUGUGCAGAGAGAAAGAGAGUGGGAGGGAGGUGGGUA